AGUCUUAGCCAAGAAAAAUCGAGCCCGUAAAUAUGGCUUAUUAGCUAGGACAAUUAAAAAAUACACAAUAGGAGGUAACAGCUCCUUAUAGUUUUGUUACCUUCUGUUACCUACACAGGCUCUUACAACUUCUUCACCUCAUUUCCCCCCUGGAAAAAUAGAAACAGGAGUGGAAUUUUAUUCAUUUACUUCAUGGAAUAAAAGUAUUGAGUAUAUGUCAUUGGGAUAAGUAAAUGCUUCAGUUCUAAUUUUGAAAAAUUCCUGUUUAUUUUGAUCUGUUUCCAUUUGAUUUUGUUCAUUUGCUCCUUAUAAAUCAAAUCAUUGGAAUCAAAAUCUUUACUGAGAUGGAAACAAAGAAAUAUUUUAAGUCUAACUUCAGAAAUUUCUAUUUGUUUAAUAUUAUAAAUGAAACCAUACCAUGAGAAAAUGAGAGCAGCGCUAUGGUCUUCAAAGCUCACCUUCGCUACUUUCUGUUAUUAGUUGGAUAAUCUUUCUUCUUUUCCACGCCUAUAGGAAAAGACAUUACGGAAUCCUGAAACGUGAUCUUCCUUAAAAAGAGGACGGCACUGUGAAUUUAACUGAGUGGACAUCACUCGCAGUCCAUCCAGAGCUGCCUGGUCUUGAGUGUAGUCAUGGCCAAACCUUAUGAAUUUAACUGGCAGAAGGAAGUUCCUUCCUUUUUGCAAGAAGGAGCCGUUUUUGACAGAUAUGAAGAGGAAUCCGUUGUGUUUGAACCCAACUGCCUCUUCAAAGUGGAUGAAUUUGGCUUCUUUCUGACCUGGAGGAGUGAAGGCAAGGAAGGACAAGUGCUAGAAUGCUCCCUCAUCAACAGUAUUCGAUUGGGAGCCACCCCCAAGGAUCCCAAAAUCCUCGCCGCUCUUGAAGCUGUUGGAAAGUCAGAGAACGAUCUGGAAGGGCGGAUAGUUUGUGUCUGCAGUGGCACAGAUCUGGUGAACAUCAGUUUCACGUACAUGGUGGCUGAAAAUCCAGAAGUAACUAAGCAAUGGGUAGAAGGACUGAGAUCAAUCAUACACAACUUCAGGGCCAACAAUGUCAGUCCAAUGACCUGCCUCAAGAAACACUGGAUGAAAUUGGCGUUUAUGACCAACACAAAUGGUAAAAUUCCAGUUAGGAGUAUUACUAGAACUUUUGCAUCGGGGAAAACAGAAAAGGUGAUCUUUCAAGCACUCAAGGAGUUAGGUCUUCCCAGUGGAAAGAAUGAUGAAAUUGAGCCUACGGCAUUUACUUAUGAAAAGUUCUAUGAACUGACACAAAAGAUUUGUCCUCGGACAGAUAUAGAGGAUCUUUUUAAAAAAAUCAAUGGAGACAAAACUGAUUAUUUAACGGUAGACCAAUUAGUGAGCUUUCUAAAUGAACAUCAGCGAGACCCUCGACUGAAUGAAAUUUUAUUCCCAUUUUAUGAUGCUAAAAGGGCGAUGCAGAUCAUCGAGAUGUAUGAGCCUGAUGAAGAUUUGAAGAAAAAAGGCCUCAUAUCAAGUGAUGGGUUUUGCAGAUAUCUGAUGUCAGAUGAAAAUGCCCCAGUCUUCCUGGAUCGUUUAGAACUUUACCAAGAAAUGGACCAUCCUCUGGCCCACUACUUCAUCAGUUCUUCCCAUAAUACCUAUCUCACGGGCCGACAGUUUGGCGGGAAAUCUUCAGUAGAAAUGUACAGACAGGUUCUCCUGGCUGGUUGCAGAUGUGUUGAACUUGACUGUUGGGAUGGAAAAGGUGAAGACCAAGAACCAAUAAUAACUCAUGGAAAAGCAAUGUGUACAGAUAUCCUUUUUAAGGAUGUUAUUCAAGCCAUCAAGGAAACCGCAUUUGUCACAUCCGAAUAUCCUGUAAUUCUCUCCUUUGAAAAUCACUGCAGCAAAUAUCAACAGUACAAGAUGUCCAAAUAUUGCGAAGAUCUAUUUGGGGAUCUCCUGUUGAAACAAGCACUUGAAUCACAUCCACUUGAACCAGGCAGGCCCUUACCAUCCCCCAAUGACCUCAAAAGAAAAAUACUCAUCAAAAAUAAACGGCUGAAACCUGAGGUUGAAAAAAAACAGCUCGAGGCUUUGAAAAGCAUGAUGGAAGCUGGAGAAUCUGCCACUCCAGUUAGCAUCCUCGAGGAUGAUAAUGAAGAGGAGAUAGAAAGUGCUGACCAAGAGGAGGAAGCUCACCCUGAAUACAAAUUUGGAAAUGAACUUUCUGCUGAUGACUUGGGUCACAAGGAGGCUGUUGCAAAUAGUGUCAAGAAGGCUUCGGAUGACCUUGAACAUGAAAUCAACAAAAAGGGUCUGGUUACUGUGGAAGAUGAACAGGCAUGGAUGGCAUCUUAUAAAUAUGUAGGUGCUACCACUAAUAUCCAUCCAUAUUUGUCUACAAUGAUCAACUAUGCACAGCCCGUAAAGUUCCAAGGUUUCCAUGUGGCUGAAGGUUGGAUGGGAGCGUUGCUGAGUGCAUCUUUAUUUUUCUUUCCAGAGCGCAAUAUCCAUUAUAACAUGUCUUCUUUUAACGAGUCCGUCGGUCUGGGCUACUUGAAGACACACGCAAUUGAAUUUGUGAAUUAUAACAAACGGCAAAUGAGCCGCAUUUACCCCAAGGGAGGCCGGGUCGAUUCCAGUAAUUACAUGCCUCAGAUUUUCUGGAAUGCUGGUUGCCAGAUGGUUUCACUGAACUAUCAAACCCCAGAUUUAGCGAUGCAAUUGAAUCAGGGAAAAUUUGAGUAUAAUGGAUCAUGCGGAUACCUCCUCAAACCAGAUUUCAUGAGACGGCCCGAUAGAACAUUCGAUCCCUUCUCUGAAACUCCUGUCGAUGGGGUUAUUGCAGCCACUUGCUCAGUGCAGGUCAUAUCAGGUCAGUUUUUAUCAGAUAAGAAAAUUGGUACAUACGUAGAAGUGGAUAUGUACGGGUUGCCCACCGACACCAUACGUAAGGAAUUCCGAACUCGCAUGGUGAUGAACAACGGACUCAAUCCAGUUUACAAUGAAGAAUCAUUUGUUUUUCGGAAGGUAAUCCUCCCUGACCUGGCAGUCUUGAGAAUAGCAGUAUAUGAUGACAACAACAGGCUGAUAGGCCAGAGGAUUCUUCCACUGGAUGGCCUCCAAGCAGGCUAUCGACACAUUUCCCUUCGAAAUGAGGGAAAUAAACCAUUAUCAUUGCCAACAAUUUUCUGCAAUAUUGUUCUUAAAACAUAUGUGCCUGAUGGAUUUGGAGAUAUUGUGGAUGCUUUAUCAGAUCCAAAGAAAUUUCUUUCCAUUACGGAAAAGAGAGCAGACCAAAUGAGAGCUAUGGGCAUUGAAACCAGCGACAUAGCAGAUGUGCCCAGUGAUACUUCUAAGAAUGACAAGAAAGGAAAAGCCAACACUGCCAAAGCAAACGUGACCCCACAGAGCAGCUCCGAGCUCAGACCAACCACCACGGCGGCCCUGGGGUCUGGCGUGGAAGCCAAGAAAGGUAUCGAACUUAUCCCUCAAGUAAGGAUAGAAGAUUUAAAGCAGAUGAAGGCUUACCUGAAGCAUUUAAAGAAACAACAGAAGGAACUAAAUUCUUUAAAGAAGAAACAUGCAAAGGAGCAUAGCACGAUGCAGAAGUUGCACUGCACACAAGUUGACAAAAUUGUGGCACAGUAUGACAAAGAGAAGUCGACGCAUGAGAAGAUCCUAGAGAAGGCCAUGAAGAAGAAGGGGGGAAGUAAUUGUCUCGAAAUGAAAAAAGAAACCGAAAUUAAAAUUCAGACACUGACAUCAGAUCACAAAUCUAAGGUCAAAGAGAUAGUGGCCCAGCACACAAAGGAGUGGUCAGAAAUGAUCAACACCCACAGUGCUGAGGAGCAAGAAAUCCGGGACCUGCACCUCAGCCAGCAGUGUGAGCUCCUGAGAAAGCUACUGAUCAAUGCCCAUGAGCAGCAAACCCAGCAGCUGAAACUGUCCCAUGACAGGGAAAGCAAGGAAAUGCGAGCACACCAGGCUAAGAUUUCUAUGGAAAACAGCAAAGCCAUCAGCCAAGAUAAAUCUAUCAAGAACAAAGCAGAACGGGAAAGGCGAGUCAGGGAGUUAAAUAGCAGCAACACCAAAAAGUUUCUGGAAGAAAGAAAAAGACUCGCAAUGAAGCAGUCCAAAGAAAUGGAUCAAUUGAAAAAAGUCCAGCUUGAACACCUAGAGUUCCUAGAGAAACAGAAUGAGCAGCUAUUGAAAUCCUGCCAUGCAGUGUCCCAAACACAAGGCGAAGGAGAUGCAGCAGAUGGGGAAGUUGGAAGCCGAGAUGGACCGCAGACCAGCAACAGUAGUGUGAAUCUCCAAAACGCAAACUGAGGCAGCAAAACCUCCCAGCAUCAAGAGAUCACCCCCAACCUUCCCAACCCAGAUGUCACGCAAGACGGCUGUUGCCUUUUGGGUUUCCUUUAUGUACAGACAAGAUGUUACACCUGAACCCACAGCGACUUACAUAUGUCUGUGUAACAUUUUGAGUAUUGGGUUUCUUUGGCCAACCAAAAGUAGCUCCGAAUCCACCAAAAUUACUAUCCCAGUGAGGCAGAGUUUAACCUUGAUAUUACAACUUAAACAUGUUUGCUAUAAAAUACCAUCACAAGUGAAUGAACUUGGUGUAAACAACUCCGCUCUGUGAUGCAUUUAGGACAUGUUUGAGCUACAGCAAAAAGAGUGCAUUAGUGAUUCAAUAGCAAGUGCAUGCACUAGGAAAAAUAACAAAACUCUGUCUACAAAUUCAUCAGCAGAAGUGGCAAUCUGCUAGACAAAUAACUGCAGGAUUUUUCUACAUCUAAGUUACCUCAUCAGUAAGUGCCAUGUGUCUGCCAUGCCAUAAGAAGCUAAUUUCCUGUAAAAGUUGUGGAAAUUAUUAGAGUAAAAAAAAAAAAAAUUAGAACAGUGUACCUGUGCCAAAACUCAUCAGUGCUCAAGGGAGAACUUUAUUAGGCACACGUAAGACAGUUUACAUCUGAUACUGCUUUAUAGGAAUUGCUUCUGCCGAUUCCAGACAUUCUAAUACACUAUUACACCAUAAAGAUUGUGAAGUGGUUAUUGGCAAACGUUUGUAAAUGUGACCAUGUAUAAAGUAUUUAUACUCCUAAUUCACACUGUUAUAGAGCAAAAUCAUCUAAGUAUUGCCACAUGACAAGAUUAGUCAACAGGAAUACUAGAACUAUGUUUGCAUGAUACACAAGCACCCAUUAAGACUAAUCCGUACACAUACAGUUAAUCUAAUGCCAAAUAAACACUGGCUAAAUGUAUGGCACAGAAUAUAAUUUGACUAUCAAGACUUUUAAGCAUAAUGAAAAAGUCUAUAUAUAUGUGUAUAUGAAUUAUGUGGGCAUUCUUGAUACUUCAAGUUCUAGUUUCAAAAAAAAUACAUAACUAAUUUAAUUUUACACAAAAAUAUUUAUGCAGAUUUUCAGAAUUUCAUAUCAGGAAAUAACCUUUUUACGUCUGUUCAAUAUCAAAACAAUUUGCUACAGUGUUUAUCUGCAUGGUCUUUAAGCCCGCUGUAGUUGUGUUGCAGACAGUGCAUGAAAAAGUAUUCUGCGGGGAACCGAGCCAUGCCGCCAAAGCUGCAAAGAGCGCAUGGAAACGGUAGUCUAGAGCUAAUCAGAUGACUGAUUUUAGGACACAAAACACCAACUGAAUUGUAUAUGCUUGUACAAAUUGAUUCUGUGUGUUCCUCUGAACAAAGCAGAGAAAAUUAUGUUACCAUCAAUAUUGAAAUUAAACUUCCAACUUCUCUAAUAAAAAAUUAAAACA